ACGAGGCGGAAGACAUCAGCCGAAUCUUCCGUACUACUCAACGGGAGCUGCUUAUGUUGUGCAGCAACGAGCGGCAGUUUGGGGCGAUAGGAGGAAAGUGAGCAGUUUGUUUUUGUAAUUAACCACUGAACGAGAGCUGGUAGUUGUUCGUCCAAGAACGAAGUGCCGUUUUUGCCUUGUCCGGUGGAGGAUUAAGUGUUUUUCAUGUUGUGCAAUUCCCAGUGUUUGCGUGAAGACUUCCAACUGGCGAAUCGCAUCAGUUCGCCCGGAGGGUCAUCGUCAGCGACGACACCCUCUGCUCCGGUAACGUCAGCUGUUUAGAAAAUGACCGGAGAGAAGGUCCGCUCCCUGCGCAAGGACCACAGGCCGAGCAAGGACGAGGAUUUACUGGAGCCGGACGAAGAGGCUGCAACCGGGACGUUCGCCGCCUCCAAGACGAACAACAAGAGCAGAGCGAGUAAAAUCUUCAGCAACCACAAGUUAAACAAGUCGGCAUCCACACAGCAGCAGCAGCAACAACAGCAACAACAGCAGCAGAACCAACAGUCGCAGAUUAAUGCCAACACGAACACACUGUCCACAUCGGAUGUCAUCGAUGACAACAACAAAAACCCCAUUAUCCGAACCGGGCAGGACUUUCCGGUACACGAAUGUGUGUUUAAAGGAGAUGUCCGACGCCUGUCUUCGCUCAUACGGACGCAGAAUAUCGCUCAGAAAGACGUCCAUGGAAACACACCGCUGCAUCUCGCUGUUAUGAUGGGGCACAAAGAGUGUGCCCAUCUGCUGCUGGCCCACAAUGCACCAGUGAAGGUGAAGAACGCUCAGGGAUGGAGCCCCCUUGCAGAGGCCAUUAGUUAUGGAGACCGACAGAUGAUCACGGCGCUGCUGAGGAAGCUUAAGCAACAGUCCAGGGAGAGUGUGGAGGACAAAAGGCCAAAGCUGCUGAAAGCCCUGAAAGAACUUGGAGACUUUUACUUGGAGCUUCACUGGGACUUCCAAAGUUGGGUGCCUUUGCUCUCCAGAAUCCUGCCUUCAGAUGCGUGUAAGAUCUACAAGCAGGGUCUCAACAUCAGGUUGGACACCACCCUCAUAGACUUCACGGAUAUGAAGUGUCAGCGUGGUGACCUCAGUUUCAUCUUCAACGGCAAUGCCAUCCCCUCCGAGUCUUUUGUUGUUUUGGACAAUGAACAGAAAGUCUACCAGCGGAUACACCACGAGGAGUCGGAGAUGGAGACAGAGGAGGAAGUGGACAUUCUGAUGAGCAGCGAUGUGUACUCAGCCACGCUCUCCACCAAGUCCAUUACCUUCUCCAGGGCACAGACUGGCUGGCUGUUCAGAGAGGACAAGACGGAGCGCGUGGGAAACUUUCUGGCAGAUUUCUACUCUGUGAAUGGCCUGAUGCUUGAGUCCAGGAAGAGACGGGAGCAUCUGAGCGAGGAGGACAUCUUGAGGAACAAAGCCAUCAUGGAGAGUCUGAGCAAAGGAGGAAACCUCAUUGAGCAAAACUUUGAGCCUGCAAGGAGGCAAUCUCUAACUCCCCCUUCACCAAACACUAUAUCCUGGGAAGAAUACAUCACUGCUGACAAUGGAAAAGCACCUCAUCUAGGAAGAGAGCUGGUCUGCAAAGAGAGCAAGAAGAACUUCAAAGCCACGAUAGCCAUGAGUCAAGACUUCCCUCUGGGCAUUGAAUCGUUAUUGAAUGUUCUGGAGGUGAUCGCACCCUUCAAGCACUUUAAUAAACUCAGGGAGUUUGUUCAGAUGAAGCUCCCCCCCGGCUUUCCUGUCAAACUCGACAUCCCUGUCUUUCCCACGAUCACAGCCACGGUGACAUUUCAGGAGUUUCGCUAUGAUGAGUUUGACGAAUCCAUUUUUACCAUUCCCAACGAUUACAAAGAAGACCCCAGCCGCUUCCCUGACCUUUAACCUCUCGAGAUGAAGAUCCAACAGGACGCAAAUGAGCAACAAGGCCACAUUAUGCUACAAAACAAACGUUUAAUGCAUAAGGAAAAACGGAGGGAAAAAACGGCAGUUUCUUGCCAGGUUAUGGAUUUACCCUGAAUACACACGUGACUAAGACGAUCAGAGCUGGUGAACAUGACAAAAAUGGCAGAGGUGUCAACAUCCCUUAGCAUUAAUUAAGUGUUUUGAAGAUUCUGAACGUCCCAUCGGUGAAAAGUCAUUGAAGUGAAAUGAGUGACGGCAGUCAGGGUGUAAGUGCAGAAAAGACAACCAGUUCAGCUGAUGCUAUGUAUUUAAGUAUGUAAGUAAUGUUCAUAAAGGGACUGUGUUUAACUGACCUGUAGUAAAGCACUGACAUUACUGUGUGAGGUGUUGCAGAGGAAUUCCUCUAAAACUUACUUUUUAGGUUCUUUUUCCUGAGUACAGACAUUUUCUGGAAAAAAAAAUCUCAAGGUGCAAAAGAUUUGAAGUCAGUAAGACAUAAAUUGUACAUAAUCGAACGUACACCUGUUAGACAGGUGUGUAGGAAUCAAUACUUUUUCACAGUUACUUAAAUUCUUUGACAUCAAAUUUAGAAAUGAUCCCUAAAAUGUACUCAGCACUGAUAAAAAGUCCUUUAAAAUGCACUAAACCGAAAAUCCGUUUUGGUAAAUGUUUUGUGAAUUUGCUGCUUUUGUAGAUGGAAAAACCUAAAAAUCAGUUUUCAUUGAAUUCCGCUUUAACUCUGCACAUUAUAAAAUCGUAUGAGUGUGUGUUUGUAAGUAUGAUUUUCAUGGGCAUGGAGUAGCAUCACUGAAAUUUUGGGCACUAUUUAGAUCCACUACAGCUACUCUACAUUCAGCCGAAUUCGUAGACACUCACUUUGUGAUAACUCAACCUUUAGUCCUACAUUUGAAAUAUUAUGGUUACUUUGAGGCAACGCUAUAAAUGCUGCAAAUUUGUAUGGUACCACAAAGUCCCUUUGUUUGUUCAAGUGUCCAAGCCUUUUGUUUCUUACUUCACCUUUGUAAACUGUGUAAAAAAACAACAAACUGUACAAUCCUGCUAAAAGAAGUGAAAACUCUGGAUUGUAUAGUGAGUAGAAGUUAGGGAAUUUGAAUGAUUACAACAUUCAUGCCAUUUUUACACAUAAUAAAAACCAGGCUUUUCCCCUGCACAGUAUGUAAAUACA